AUGGCCACAUCAUCCGAAGAAGUGUUACUGAUCGUGAAGAAGGUGCGCCAGAAGAAACAAGAUGGGGCCCUUUACCUGAUGGCGGAAAGGAUUGCCUGGGCCCCCGAAGGCAAGGACCGAUUCACAGUGAGCCACCUGUACGCAGACAUCAAGUGUCAAAAGAUCAGCCCCGAUGGCAAAGCGAAAGUCCAGCUGCAACUUGUCCUCCACGCGGGGGAGACAACCAACCUUCAUUUCUCCAAUGACAGCACAGCAAUAAAAGAGAGAGACGCCGUGAAAGAGCUUCUGCAGCAGCUGCUCCCCAAAUUCAAAAGGAAGGCCAACAAGGAGCUGGAGGAGAAGAACAGGAUGCUGAAGGAGGACCCAGUCUUGUUCCAACUCUACAAAGACCUCGUUGUCAGUCAGGUGAUCAGCGCCGAGGAGUUUUGGACCAAUCGUCUUAAUCUAAACUCCCUGGAUAGCACCGUGUCGAACAGCAAGCAGGAAGUGGGGAUUUCUGCAGCUUUCUUGGCGGAUGUUCGUCCCCAGGCUGAUGGAUGCAAUGGCCUGAGAUAUAACCUCACUACAGACAUCAUUGAGUCCAUAUUUCGCACCUAUCCUGCAGGCAAGUGUUCAUGUGCAUGGACGGAGAAAGAGUUCUGGACCCGAUUCUUCCAGUCGCAUUAUUUUCACCGAGAUCGUCUCACACGAAAACAAAACAAAAACACGGGAUCCAAAGACUUGUUUGCCGAGUGCGCCAAGAUAGACGAGAAAGGUUUAAAAUCUUUGGUUUCUCAAGGGGUGAAGAAUCCAAUGUUAGAUUUGACAUCCCUGGAUGACAAAAGUCUGGAUGAGGGAUAUGGGAUUUCCUCCGGGCCAUCCACUUCAAAUGCAAAAUCUGUGAAAGAAAACAGCAAUGCCGCCAUCAUCAAACGAUUUAACCACCACAGUGCCAUGGUGCUGGCAGCGGGUCUCCGAAAAGAAGAAGCACAAAAUGAUCAAUGCAGUGAGACGAGUAGCACAGACGGCAAUUCUCGGGACUCCGAUUUCUUUCAGCCCCCUGUAAAGAAGGUGAAGCUGCAGGAGGCCAUAGACUAUGAAGAUCUGGGAGAAAGUAAUGGUUUGAAGCCAAUAGCACUUAAUCUUAAGAAAUCCGAUAGGUAUUGCCAUGGUCCGACCCCAGUCCACUCCCAGCAAUAUGCAACCAGUCAGGAUAUUAUUAAUUCUCUGAACAGUAUUACACAACAGAUGGACAACUACGUACCAGGGCUAACUCAGGUUCUUUCAAGCUCGGCUGCUAGUAGCACCAUAUCGGCUCUCUCACCAGGUGGGGCCCUGAUGCAGGGAGGGGCCCAGCAAGCCAUAAACCAGAUGGUGCCAAACGACAUCCAGUCUGAACUCAAGCAUUUAUACGUGGCGGUGGGCGAGCUGCUGCGCCAUUUCUGGUCCUGCUUCCCUGUCAAUACGCUUUUUCUAGAGGAAAAGGUCAUUAAAAUGAAGAGUAACUUGGAAAGGUUUCAGGUUACUAAAUUAUGUCCAUUCCAGGAGAAAAUCAAGAAGCAAUACUUGAGCACAAAUCUCACAAGCCACCUGGAGGAGAUGCUGCAGACCGCCUACAACAAAUUUCAGAUCUGGCAAUCUCGCCGUUCGCAUCGGAAAACGUGA